AUGGAUUACUUAAAUACUCAAAAUAGUGUCCACAUGGAUUUGUUGGAACCUUUAAUUACUGUUAGUGUAAUAUUUAUUUGUUUGUAUAUGAUAGUAAGUACGGAAAAUCCUGCAUAUUAUUUUAUUAGGAAUUUUUUUUUUAAAACGAAAAUAUUUGUUUGUGAAAUUAAAGAUAUAUUUACAAACAUAAAUUAUUUUGCUCUAAUAUUUUCUUCUUUAUUUUUUGUUUCUUAUUAUGUUUUAAAUAUAUUAAAUUAUAAAAAUGUAAAAUCACUUUUUUGUGUUAGUUACGAUUAUUAUAAUAGUAUUUUAAAUUACAACUUAAAAGACAUAAAUCUCAAAUCAAUAUUUAAAAAUGGAAUCAGCGAAAAUUAUUUGGUUAAUUUUUUGCAUUCUUUUAAGUUUUUUUUUAAUAUAUUUUUUUUAAACGAUUCCAAUUUUUUGAAAACCUUUUUCACCUUCGUUUUUGUUUACACCCUAUUGUCCUUAUAUGCCAAACAUGUCAAUCGGGUCGUAUUCAUAAGCACUGUGUUCGCGAAUGCUAUUUUAUCGGGAUUCGUAUUAGUUUUCUUUUUAAAAAAUUUUUUAAAUGUUCAAUAUAAUCAUUGUGGGGAAGAAUUAUUUUCCUUCUUAUUUUUAAUCUUUUUUUAUAUAAAUAACCCAUGUGUAAGUGUGUUUCAGUAUAAUAAUAGGAGUUUGCAUCCUUACCAUGGCACUGAAUUAAGGUUUUACAUUCAUAUGCUAUUCUUUGUAAGAUAUUUAACAUAUAAUGAAAAGUUUUACGAAGUCAAAGCGCUAGUCGCAAUACUUAUUUAUUUUAUUGUAUUCUUAAGACAAACAAUAGAUAGUUUUGAGAUGCACACAUUCUUGAAAGUUCUUUGGCUAGUUGCUUAUUAUUUGGUUAAUAAUUAUGUACCAUUUGCAUUUUCUGGAAAUUUCACUUUAUCCAAAGUUUUUGAUUCAAAUUUCUUGGAUUUACUGCGUAAGGAGUUUAAAAGCAACAUUUCCUUAUAUCACUUUAAUGACAUUUCAAGAAUACCUUUUAACUACUUAAUAAACAAAACUUCUUUUUUUUGGGUACCUUAUAUCUUAUUAAUCAGGAACAGCAAAAACUUAAAAUAUGUAAUUAUGCUCCUAAUAGCUACAAAUUUGAUAGCAACGUGCACUUAUCUGGCAAAGAACGUUUUUCCGGGCAUACCACUUAACUUACUUCUUUUGUGUUGUCUAAAUAAAAUUACAGUUUAA